UGUAUAUUGGCCAUUUGUUAUUGCGUGGAUUAUUACAGGAUGACGGUUAUUCCUCUCGUACCAGAUAGUAUCCCAAUAUUGGAUAUACGUAUAUUAGAUGGUAAUGAUCAAGAAAAUAUAUGGAAAAUAUUGAAAUCCGUUUUCCCUAAUUGGUCAAAAGAAUAUACAAAAAUGAAACCAUUAGAAGAAGGAUUAUCUAAUAUAGUCCUACGUUUUGAUCAUGAUAAUAAAAUAGAUGAACCUAAAACUAUUCUUAUGAGAAUUCGAACAAGAUUAGCCGAUUUUAUUGUGAAUAGAUGGGAUGAAAUAAAACAUAUGCAUUUAUUACAUGAACUUGGUGGUGAACAAAAAUUAUAUGCAGUUUUUCAAAAUGGUUUAGUUUAUUCAUUUAUUAAAGGAUCAACUAUAAGUGUGGAUAAAUUUUCAGUGCCAAAGUAUAGCGAAUUGAUAAUUGAACAAGUGGCUAGAUUGCAUAGUUUACCAACUCGAGAAACUAUGCUACGUUUAUUCCCUAGUGAAGUAAAUGAUUCAUCAAAACUUUAUACAAAACCUGUACUUUUUCCAACAAUACGAAAAUGGAUUGAAAAAUUACCAACUGGCUAUAAUAAUGAUAAACAAAAAUUUGAAAGACUUAAAAAUGAGUUUCCUUCAAAAACAGCCCUCUUGAAUGAAGUGGCAUAUUUAGAGAAAUUACUUAAAAAUCCUAUUUCCCCAGUUGUCCUAUGUCAUAAUGACUUAUUAGCUGGAAAUAUUGUCAUGCCUCCGGAUGAAAAAUCAGUCCACUUUAUUGAUUUUGAAUAUUGUGGAUUUAAUCAUGCAGCAUUUGAUAUUGGGAAUCAUUUCUGUGAAUUUGCCGGUAAGUGAUAAUCGAUAAUUAUAAUAAAUAAUUAAUUAAAUACAUUGAUUAGAAGGACUCUUUUUGUUAUCUCUGAGUAUAAUGACCAAUAUUAUGUUUGUUUAAUCCUAAAUGACAAUCGAAUUCUAUUGAUCAAAUCCUUAUGUGACCAACAACUUAUAUCGUACAAUAUCGCGAGCACAAUGUUGAUGAGAUGUAAAGUGGUUAGAGGUAUUUACCAGAAAACACUAAACCUCUGUUUCAUGUUAGUUGGUAAUCGUCAACAAUGAGUGUUUGCGAUCUCAUGGAACUGAUUUUAUUUGGUGGAUUUGAACCUGCGUUAUGCAUUUUUUUUACUGUUUGGGACAUUACCACUGAGCUAUUCGGGAGGUGAUUGACCUGUGUUGUAGAAUUGUGACAUUUAUGUUGAUUAAUCACUCUUAUUUCGAAUCCGCCAGUGAACAUCAAUCCCUUCAAGGUUGCAGGUACGUUUUCUUGAUGAUCACCAUCUUCAAAGAAGCCAGGUUUAAGCAGGGUUUUCUCCUGACUACCUCUAACCACCUAACAUAUCUGCGCAUGUACGUACGUUUUUUUAUUUAAUAGAGACUCAAAUAUUGAUAUUGUCUAUUGGUAAAUCAUCAUUAUAGCAUCAUGUAUUGCUAAGAGUAUGCAAACAUUUCAGUACUUCUAUCGAAGAUUAUCUAAAGCGUAGAAAGGAUUGUUGAGGAGUCCUAUAAUUGAACAAAACGACCUUCCAUUACUCUCUAGCUUUCACAAAACCCUUUAAACUGAAUAGAUUUGAAGUCGGGCAGUGCAUAGUAGUAGCAUUAAUAGGUUGGCAAUCAUCCAACGCAUUAAUGAAUUGACUAGGCAUGAGUUGGUAGUGAAAUAUAAAUAGGCAUCAAUGUUGGGGUUGUGAAGAUUGUUGAAUUUUGUUAAGAUUGCGAAUAAACCUAAGACAACCAUUGGAACCUGAAAUCACUGGGAAGCCGUUUCGUCCUAGAGUCGGACUUCUCAGGUAUGUGCAUCCAUGAUCCUGAAACUAGGGAUUGAACCGGCUUCGCGAAGGGACGCUUAACUUCUAGACCACUUGUACAUCAAUAGAUCUCGGCUUCUUGGUCUAGAGGUCAGGUGUUGGCCACAAGAUCAAAGAUCAUGGGUUCGAUCCUCUAUGGGGUCAUGGAUGUGAGCUUCUGAGGAAUCUCCCACUAGGAUGAAACAGCUAUCCAGUGCCUUCUGGUUUUCAACGGAUGUCUAGCUUAAGUAGAUCCGUGAUGUCAAUAGUAUUCAGUAGUCUCCACAAACGUUUGGUGAUACUAAUUUUUAUAUUAUUUCAUGCAUUCUAUACCCUGUUUCUAUUUGUUUCUCCAUAGCUGUACUUAUUUAGAAUAUGACUUCAAGUAGCAUGCAAUCUCUGUCAAGUGGGGAUUCUUACCAGUUUUUGUCUUAAAGUCAUCUUGCAUAAUAUAUACGUAUAUUGUAUACAUAUUCUGUUUCAAUUAAACUAUUUAAGGCGUAUAGACAGAGUCUACAGGGUUUUUCUUUCCUCUGAAAUGGAAGAUUCAUCAAUAUCCACCUUAUCAGUUAUGUCUCUAAUAAAGUAUUUGUGAUGAUUACAAGUAUUUGAAUUAUUAUACAAACUAAGAAUCUCAGAAAUAACACAAUUUAGACCAAGAAGAACUAGCUAACCACGAACGAACGUAUUGUAUUUAAAAUUCGAAAUCAAACAGUCAUCAAGUACAAAUGAAUCAUUAGUUCAUAUAAAGACCACACUAUACCACAUUCUAGAUUAUUUAAUCAUGAUUAUAUUUAUAUUAAAUGUGUAAAUAAUUUAUGAAAUUAAAUAGACUCACUGCCUUCUCGCGGCGUGGGUAUUGUUUACGAAAUUGAGUGGACGAAAAGUGAAUAUCUGGCGUUUUAAGCGGGCUUGGUGGACACGGAGAGUCCACUUAGGGAAGUUGGAAAACCGUGAUUCCAAACCAAUCCUGAACAUGGGCUCCAGGAUCCUGAGGGAACAACUGGUUUAUGAACCAAUCGUUGGUCACUGGCUACCAUCAGACUGCAUCUGCUGACGUUGUUCUACUGCCUUGUGGAUCGGAUCUUUAGGUUGAAGGCUCCGGGUGUGGCCCCCUAAGAAAACCACCUGCUUUGGUUUGGGCACCCAGGCAGUAUCCUAG